AUGCAGCAGCUCUACAAAGUAACCGACUGGCUCGACAGAGUAGAUCGCUUGCAGGAGGAUGCAAAGGAGAUGAUUAAAGAGGCUGAAGAAGAAAUUCAUAAUAAAGCUCUCAGAUGUUUCUAUCCCAAGAAAUGCUGCUCCUCUAACAGGGUUGGAGAGAGGAUAAGUGAAAGCGCAAAGAGAAAGCCUGCUGAUUUAGUGAUCCAGAUGCCUGUACCGAAAACUUUUGGGUUGGAUUCCAAACUUGAAGAUAUCUGGAGAUGGAUUGAAGACCCAAGUGUGGAAAUUAUUGGGUUAUAUGGAAUGGGAGGCGUGGGUAAAACCACCCUCCUCAGAAAGAUCUACAAUAAGAUCUGCGAAAAGAGUGAUUAUGUGGUGAUUUUUGUUGAGAGGUCUGAACAAGACCCAGUGAAAGCAGCCAAAGAAGCGAUUUGCAAAAAAAUUGAAAUCCCUAGAGAGGACUGGAUAAAUAAAGGUGAGGCAAUCAAUAAGGCGAUUUGGAACACUUUGAGAAAGGAGAAAUUUGCUUUGAUGUUGGAUGGUGUAGGAGGGCAAUGGCAACAUCUACUCUUGGAAGAAAUCGGAGUUCAUCUGAACGGCAAUGGGAAUGGGUCCAAAGUCAUUUUUACCACUCGGUCAAAAGAGGUAUGUGACAGGAUGAAAGCAAAAACAAUUGAAGUAGAGUGUUUGCCACCAGAAACUGCUCUACAAUUGUUUGAGUUCUGUGUGGGAGAGGACGCUCUAAAUGCUAAUUGGGAGAUCCCAAUGCUGGCUAAGGAACUUGCUGAUGUGUGCAAUGGUUUGCCGCUUCUGCUCACCACUAUCGGUCGAGCGAUGGCUAGUAAGACGAAACCCGGCAAUUGGAAGCGUGCAAUUGAAAAAUUGAGGACUCAGCCAUCAACAUUUCCAGAUGUUGAAGCUAGUGUCUUCUCUGUUCUCAAGAUAAGCUAUGACAGCUUGAAUACAGAUUCCCUCAGGAAUUGCUUCUGUGCUUUUCGUUGUUCCCAGGAGUUGAUAAUAUAA